ACUUUGGAAGAGGAAAAAGACAAACUUUUUCAGAUCAUCUGAACAAUCAUUCAUUUUCAUUCAACCGCACCCUCGGAUUCGGACCGAAUUCUCAACUUCUCAACAACCACGCUGCUUUCUACUCUCUAUAAUAUGAACACUAUGAAUCAGUGAUUAGUAUACCCACUCUAUGUCGCAUUCGUUCCAUCACUCGCUUUACUAAACCUCUUUUUCCGGUCAACGUUACUCUAUGUCCCCGCUCUAUUGCUCGAUCCUCUGGCUUGAUCGUUUUUUUGGGUCUUCAUUUUCAUCUGCUGCCCUGUUUCUCCAAUGGCUCGGAGGCGAAAUGAACCGGAGCUCACUCUAUCAACUGGUUUGAUUCUCCUGAUGGUGUGCUUGGUCUCAUGCGGCAUGGUUUAUGCUUUCGUCUCUUCUGUGUUUGCAAUCUCCAGCGGCGCCUCUUCUUCAGGUUCACGUUCUGCCUCCAUGGCAUUGUUGGACCAGGACGGUGCUACUGCUAGGGCGGAUCAGGGUUAUGGAGGAGAUAAUGGAGGAUGCUGUAGAGGAAUUGAUAAUUUGGAGCUCUGGGGCGCGACUGUGAAGUGGGGUUCUGAGUUUAAAUUCAACAGUUCCGAAGGUUGCUGCAACGCUUGUAAAUCCAUGUGUACUGGCAAAGAUGGACCAUGUUUGUGCGAUACCUGGGUGUUUUGUGGGAAACGUGAGACUUGUGGAUCCAAAUUUGGUGAGUGUUGGUUGAAGAAACAAAUGGACGGCUUAGCCCCUGAACGGCAAGGAGCUAAGGAAACAGUUGGCUGGACUUCUGGUGUCAUCUAUGGGAUGGGAGAGGGUAUUAUUGGGCUGGAAACUGAGUAUGGAACUCUUCAUAUAAAGCUUUUCCCCGACUGUGCCCCUCAUUCUGUUGCUUACAUUCUAGAGCUGUUGGCUUUGCGCCAUUGUGCCGGCUGCCACUUUUACCGUGCAGAGAGCCGAGGUGAUUCAUGGGAUUUGGCAGGAAACCAUGUAGAAAACGCUGCUUUUGGACCACCUUAUGGAUUGGUUCAAGGGAUACUAGAAGCACAAGGGACCACAUUCAAGGAAAUCCCUAUAGAAGAUUGUCCUAUUCUUAAGAGAGGUUCAGUUGCUUGGGUUGGUUCUGGCCCCGCAUUCUUUAUUAGCCUGGCUAAUCAUGUGGAAUGGGGACAUGCACACACGGUGUUUGGAUCUGUUUUUCCCGAAGACAUGCAUAUUGCCGAGAGAAUUGCCACACUUCCUGCCACAUCUGAUGUUUGGAACAAUGUUAAUGUUACUGUCUUGGAAAAACCUGUCCCUUUGUUCUUACGAAGAAUCGAGAAAAGCCACGGAGAGUUUUAACACUCAUGCAGAUUUCUGUUGAUGCAAAUGAUGAUAACUUUUAUGUUUCUAAAAGCAUACGUCUACGAUCCUGCGAUUUUGUUUGAAGCAGACACUUCUGCCAUGUAUUUAUGCUGACAUUUGAUUCUCUUGUUCAUAUUGUCUAGCUCAAUUUAACUGUGGGCAAGAAUUUUUUCUAGUUCAUGUUGCUAUAGUGGAAUAAAAAUUCUUGACUUGUUUUGACA